CACACAGACGGACGCACACAGAGGGACAGACAGGUGGACAGGCUGGAGACGUGGUACUCGUACACCCACUGGUUCCCCAUGGCGUCGUCUCAUGUGAUGAAGAAACCAGUUCCCAGGAUGCAGCCAGCGGCCAUGAUGAUGUUCUCUACCAAAUACUGGUCCAGGAGAGGACUGUCCCUGGACUCAGCCAUGUUUGACCAGCAGAGACACAGAGGAGGACAGAUGUCUCGACGCCCAUCGUUCUGUCCAAUCAACGAGAAGUUUGAUGAGAGCAGAGAGGAUUCUGGGAAAACUGCAGUGGUGUUCUCUCUGAAGAAUGAGGUUGGAGGUUUGGUCAAAGCUCUGAAAAUCUUCCAGGAGAAGCGUGUGAACCUGAACCACAUCGAGUCUCGUCCGUCCACACGCGUCUCUGACGAGGUGGACAUCUUGGCCGACUGCAGCUGCAGUAAGGCGGAGUUUAACGAGCUGCUGCAGCUUCUCAAAGAUCACGUCAACGUCCUCUCCUUCAACACGCCGGCUCACGUGUGGGCGGAGGAGGCAGCAGGUGAGGACGACGUCCCGUGGUUUCCCAUGAAGAUUUCGGAGCUGGAUCGAUGUUCUCAGCGAGUCCUGAUGUACGGCUCUGAGCUGGAUGCCGACCAUCCUGGUUUUAAAGAUGAGGUUUAUCGUCAGCGCAGGAAGUUCUUUGUGGAAGUGGCCAUGAAUUACAAGCACGGUCAGCCUGUCCCUCGUAUUGACUACACGCCCGAGGAAGUGAGGACGUGGGGCGUGGUCUUCAGAGAACUGUCCAAACUUUACCCGACGCACGCCUGCAGAGAACACGUGAAGAACCUGCCACUGCUCGUCCAACACUGUGGCUACAGAGAGGACAAUGUUCCCCAGCUGGAGGACGUCUCUGUCUUUCUGAGAGAGCGCUCUGGUUUCACAGUCCGUCCUGUAGCUGGUUAUUUGUCUCCCAGAGAUUUCCUGGCAGGUUUGGCGUUCAGAGUGUUUAACUGCACUCAGUACAUCCGUCACAGCACAGACCCACUGUACACACCUGAGCCUGAUGCGUGUCAUGAGCUGCUGGGUCACGUCCCCCUGCUGGCCGACCCCAGGUUUGCUCAGUUCUCUCAGGAAAUCGGACUAGCAUCUCUGGGAGCGUCUGACGACGACGUUCAAAAACUUGCCACUUGUUAUUUCUUCACCAUCGAGUUUGGACUCUGCAAACAAGACCAACAGCUGAGAGCGUACGGAGCUGGACUGCUGUCCUCUAUAGGAGAACUGAGGCAUGCUCUGUCUGACCAGGCUUGUGUGAAGACCUUUGACCCCAAGACGACCUGUAAUCAGGAAUGUCUCAUCACGACCUUUCAGGACGUUUACUUUGUUUCUGAGAGCUUUGAAGACGCUAAGGAGAAGAUGAGAGACUUUGCGAAGACAAUCAAGCGUCCCUUCUCCGUCUACUAUAACCCGUACACUCAGAGCGUGGACCUGCUCAAAGACACACGGAGCAUCGAGGCCGUAGUUCUUGACCUUCGCAGUGACCUCACCACCGUCUGCGACGCCCUCGCCAAGAUGAACACCUACAUGGGAAUAUGAAGGCCACGCCCACCUCAGCUCUCAGCAUUGAUUGGUCACCUUUUGGAGAAUCAUAAGACAUAAAAUGAUACAGAUCUAUAGAUAGUAAUCAAUAAUCUAAGUGUAUGUGAUUGAUUGAUGAUGUUUGUGUUGUUGACAUGUUGUUGUUGUUUGUGUUUAUUCUCAUCGUUAAUAAACUCAACAAAUGUUUUAUGUCA